UUUAAACAGCUCUGUGGAGUUACAAACGAGUGUCUAAAGAAAAGUGGUUACGUGCUUUUUUUGUUAAAAUUAAUUAAAUUGACAUCCUGUAUUAGGUAAGAAGCAUUCUUGCUGCAUACAUCCAGUUUGUAUUCUUUAUUAAUCAUGGCCACGCGCGUUCGACCGAAUAGUAAACGCUGUGUGGUAAUAGGAGGCUCCGGGUUCUUGGGCAGACACCUGGUGGAAAAGCUGCUGGACCGGGGCUACUCGGUCUCUGUGUUCGACAUCCGGCAGAGCUACGAGUUACCUGGUGUGACUUUCCUCCAGGGAGACCUCUGCGAUAAACAGGCUCUGCUAACCGCUCUGAAGAAUGUGUCUCUGGUUUUCCACUGUGCCUCCCCAGCGCCUUCAAGCGAUGACCGUACUCUGUUUGAGAGGGUCAACGUUCAGGGCACGAAGACCGCUAUUGAGGCCUGCAUUGAGGCUGGAGUCCAGAAAAUGGUCCUGACAAGCAGUGCCAGUGUGGUGUACGAUGGGACGGACAUUAAAAAUGGAAGCGAGGAUCUGCAGUAUGCCACAAAACCCAUCGACUACUACACGCAGACCAAAAUUCAGCAAGAAAAGUUGGUGCUUGAGGCGUGUCACAAGCACAAGGGUUUCCUCACAGUUGCUAUUCGGCCACACGGCAUCUUUGGCCCACGGGACCCCCAGCUUGUUCCCAUCAUGGUGGACACAGCCCGCAGGGGGAAGAUGAAGUUCAUCAUCGGCGAUGGGUCUAAUGUGGUAGAUUUCACCUACGUGGACAACGUUGUUCAUGGUCACAUCCUAGCUGCAGAGCGUCUCAGACCAGACUCGCCCAUCUGUGGAAAAGCGUACCACAUCACCAACGACGAGCCGGUCCGUUUUUGGGACUUCAUGUCUGAGUUGUUGGUGGGCCUGGGGUAUGAUGCUCCACGCCUCCACCUCCCGUACAUUCUGGUAUAUGGCCUGGCCCUGCUCCUCUGGCUGCUCACCUGGAUCCUCAGUCCUGUAUUUUCCAUUAAAACAACCUUUACUCCCAUGAGGGUGGCUUUGGCUGGAACCCAUCACUACUAUAGCUGUGAGCGUGCCAAAGAGCACCUGGGCUACAAACCGGUGGUCAGUCUGAAGGAGGGGAUAGCACGCACGCUGGAGAGUUAUCCUCAUCUCAGAAAGGGGGCGUGAUGGUGGAGCUGCUUCUAGAUACUGCAGAAGAGAAGAUCCAGGAUCCUGUUUGUGUUUGCCCUUUUGUAUUGUUUUCACCAGCAGGUGGCAGCAAAGGGUUCUUGGUUUUGUCCAAUCAGUGCAUUGAUGAUUGAGACACCAUUUAUUACAGGGUUUUACUGUUUAAUUCAGAAUCACAGUUCCUAUAAAGUUCUAUAAGAAACAGUUUUCUGAAUAAAAUGACAAACAUG